UAAAGCCAUUUCCAGUUCAUUGUGCAAUAUGAAUCUGAAGUGCAAUAAGGAAACACUAAGCUAGACUGAACUAACAAACCAACAUUACCCAUGCACCUUGGACUCGGAAUUACCCAGGCAUCUAUAAUGAAGAUUAUAUAGUUCACUCUAUAUACAUUCACCACGGACAUACUAGUAUAUAGCCGCGGAUUUCAACUUUGAAUUCAUUAUUGGUUGGAUGCAAGUCCCAACUGGACUUCUAAACACUGGAUACCUGUUCACUGACCAGGGGUUUUGAGGCAGGAGUGACAAUAUUUUGUUAAAUUCACAGUGCUUGAUCUUCACUCAGUUGUAAGUACAAGUACAUAACCGUAUCAAGGAACGAACCAAAAUUCGAAAUGGGCAUCUACACCAUAUUCAUCUACUUGUCACCAAUGCUGGCGAUGACCGUUGCCUACAUCAACACAGGACCAGGGACCACGUCCAACAUUACUGACAUCUUAACUGGUAGAUGCGAGGAAUACCGGAAGUGCCUCCUGGGAGAGCCAUGUCUCCCGUUCUAUCGCAAUGUCAAGUGUCGUGCAGCAGUGGAGUCGUUUUUUAAAGGCAUUCGCAAUAUGGAUCCAUGUGCUACCCCAGACAACGCAUAUGAUGAAUUCCUCAACAUGGUCCCACCCACCACAGUUCGUGGCACGACGAUGUUUUGGUCGGGUGUUAUGGGCAACAACAUACCACAGGACGUUGCUCAGGUCACCCCUGAGUUCAGUGUGCUAGAGGAGACCUUUCCGGGUUACAUGGCAGGUAACCUGUCCUGGUGUGGCGCUACGGACGGUGAUGGCACGGGACUCGGACUCAACUUCACCGUCUGUCCGACAUGGACAAGUGAAACGUGUCCCAACAAUACCAAGGCGGCAUUCUGGGCUAGGGCAUCGAAGAUGCUAGCAACGCAAGCUGUUGGUGACGUCUAUGUUGUUCUGAAUGCGCAAAGAGCUGGCGGGGCUUUCAACAAUGGCAGUAUAUUCGCCACGAUAGAAGCACCUAAUCUCAACCAGGACGUGGUCACAAAUGUCGCCAUCUAUCUCAUCCCAGACUUCACACUUCCGAUUCCGAAUGAGAUGUAUCGAGAGACGUGUACCAAUGGAAGCGUUUUGUACUUGCAGAAUUUCUUGAUGAACAUGAAUUUUAAUGUGACAUGUGAGGAGAACCCCAAGGAAAUCAUGUGGCUCCAGUGUGCUCGGUUUGCAAAUAGUCCAUACUGUGGGCCAUACGCCAAAGGUACCCCGGUAGUGGCCGCAUCAAUAGUGGUUAUACUGCUUCAAGCCAUUUUCGCUAUGUCUCUCAGUGGUUGGAAUACAAUAUCUACUACCCUAUAAAGAUUGGGAUGGUUCUUCGCGAAGUCCUAGUUUGGUUGCUUCGAAUGAAAACAGAAAAUUUUGUUUAAAAGUAAUUAGUGAUUGUUCAUGAAAUAAGAAGAAAAAAAGAAUGGGAAAUUACGAAAUGUGAACAAUCGCUGACAUUUUUUUUAUAAUUCUACAUGUUUUUGUUUUAAAUGAUAGUUUAUUGAGAUUUAUGUAAAUUUAUAGAGACAGUAUGUACAGCAUGCAAAUUAAAAAUGGCUAAUCGGCAAUCGGUCACAAACAUUGAUAUGAAUGUGAUGUCAUCAAAUGAUUCCUCUUUAUCCAUGUGUUAGAAAUGUGUUUUAAUGACAUCCUCUUUCACGUUAUGAUACAAUUUAAGUGAAAUUUUGCCAUCAAAUUUGUGGGGCUCCCAACACUUUAGAUGGGCUAUAAAUCGAGAUUGAUGAUUAUUAUCAUCAUCAAUGUCACCUUGGGUUCUGAUUACAUCCGGCAAAUAAACUCAGGUACAAAUAAUGACGAUAAAGAUAAAAUAUAAUAAGAACUCUUGGUAAAGAAAUGACCAACCUUUUCUACUAGAGUUUGCGAAAAGUGAGCAUGGAUUUCGUCUUUAGGUAAUCUUAAACAUUCCAGGUCAUUUGAAUUAUUUACCAUGCAAUGGAAUGGUUGUUUGCACCAGUAAACAUUGCUUUUUUGCUUAUUUUUUACGAAAACUUGCAGCAAUAUGACAUGUUCCGUAAACUACCAGCACCGAUAUGCAUACAACGGAUUCCAUUUUCUAAUAUCUCGAUUACCAGUGUUUUUGUUCGUUUUUCAGUAAUUUCAUAAUCUUUCUUUCAAUAUGUAUUUUCUUACUUUCAUAUCAUCAUACACUCUCUAUGGAGUAAUUUUCAAAUGCAGGGCCAAUUCGUUAGAUUCUACGACAAUUUUAUUUGUGUCAAUAGCAAAACUAAAAACACGAGGUAUAUGCUUAGUGAUGAUUUUGAGGCAGAAUGGGGGAGGAGAGGGUGAAACGAUAGAAUGAUUCAACAAAAUUAAGCUUGUCAUGAGCUGGGCUGUCUCUUCGUCAUCUUUGCUUUGUUUUGUUUUAUUUUGUUUUGUUGUUGUUUACUUCGUAUGACUGAUCAGCGCUUGGUAUAGCAGUGGCAUAAGCAUGUGUCAAUUGUCAAUUCUAUUUUGAAUUGAGCACGUAUGCCUCUGUAUCCCCAUAGCUACAUAAUAUGUCACUGAUACGCCCCCAAAUGGUAAGUCCUGUUUCAAUUUGUAUGACGUCAUGCAAAAAUUAUCUUUAGAAUUUAUGAUUAAUCCCAAAUUUAAAAGAAUUUGGGAAAAACAUAUUGAAUGUGUCAGAAACUUUGUCUUUCAAGUACUCUAAAUAAAGGGAACCGAUUUUGUCCUAGAAAAUAUGAGUGCGUUAAUUUCACCACGAUAUAAAUGUCUGUAUAGUUAUAAUGUACAUUAUGCCUGUCUCAUUGUUCAAUGUUACUUUUCGUCUAUGUUACUUUCCACCUUCUCUCCAUUUGUCUUAUCUUGUUACCAUUCCAUCAAACUGUCGAUUUUAACUGUCCCGUCCACAGGUACUAAAUGUUUUUUUUUUAACCCAGAUUGAUAGAUUCACUCGUUAAUGUUUUAAUCAUUAUGUCAGUAUUUUAUAAUGUAUAUUUUUGAAUUUCUAAUUUUGUGUGUAUGUUUGCAUCAAUGCAAUAACGCAAUAUUAACAAUCCCUUUUGAGACCACCUUCAUAUUAUUGUAUAACUUGUUGGAAUUAUACGCUUUUGGAAGCGGCCUAUGGAAAUUCAUAUUAUCUGUUGGCUCUUAAUGAUGUGAAUUAUGCAUGAGGACUAUUUGAUAUUUUAUCUUUUUGUUUAAUGUAGCCUUUAUAUUUUGUAUUUCGUUGGGCGCAAUGGUAGAAUUCUUUAUGAAAUAUGUCAUCGGGGUUGUCUGUCCACGACUUACCAUAAUAGGCCUAUUUCUUCUUGCUAUUUUCAAUGGUGCACAAUUAAUAAAACAGCAAAUGGCGGAUAUUGUGUGGAUUAGGAA